AUGCCUUCAACACAGAAAACGCUCAUGUUCCUGUCGAGCUCCUUCACGAGCUUCGGGGCGUUCGUGGUCAUCUGCGCUAUCAUGGCGGCCCAGGAGUGGGUCAGCAGCAGCAUCGCCAUCAGUGACAGCUCUUCAAACGGCACCAUUGUCGUCACCUAUGGACUCUUUCGUGGGCAGAGCAAGCAAGUUCUGGAACACGGACUUGGGGAGACAGACAAGUACUUUGAAGUUUUAAAGAAACUGGACGGUUCUGCCCCCAAGGCUCUGCACGCGGUGGCGAUCCUCCUCCUGGCCCUCAGCUUGUGCGCCUCGCUGCUGAGCUGUGGGUUCAGCUUCUACAACAGCGUCAGCAACCCCUACCAGACGUUCCUGGGGCCGCUGGGGCUCUACACCUGGAACGGGCUCUGCGCUUCCUUCACUGUCCUGACCAUGGCGCUGUUUGCGGGGAACGUCCAGGCCAAUCACCCUGCGGAAGAGCUGGUCCAGGCGCUGUACCCCCGGUACCCGCCUGCCACUCACAGAGGGACCAGCCACAGCUACGGGUACCCGUUUUGGCUCAUGCUGCUGGUCAUCCUCCUCAACAUUGUCACCGCGGUCAUCGUCCUCUUUUACCAGAAGGCCAGGUACAAGCGGAAGCAGGAGCAGAGAAAGCCAGUGGAGUUUGCGCCGCGGGACGGCAUCUUAUUUUGA